AUGGUCAAGACCUCCGUCCUCAACGAUGCGCUCAACGCCAUCAACAACGCCGAGAAGGCCGGCAAGCGCCAGGUCCUGAUCAGGCCCAGCUCCAAGGUCAUCAUCAAGUUCCUGCACGUCAUGCAGAAGCACGGCUACAUUGGCGAGUUCGAGGAGGUCGAUGACCACCGCAACGGCAAGAUCGUUGUCCAGCUCAACGGCCGUCUCAACAAGACCGGUGUCAUCUCUCCCCGCUACAACGUCCAGCUCAAGGACCUCGAGAAGUGGGUCGUCAAGCUCCUCCCCUCGCGUCAGUUCGGCUGCAUCGUCCUCACCACCUCCGCUGGUAUCAUGGACCACGAGGAGGCCAGGAGGAAGCACGUCGCUGGCAAGAUCCUUGGUUUCUUCUACUAG